GAUUGGGUGUCACUUCUCCAAGCGUUUACUUCGGAUAUUUGAAGGUGAAAUUUGGGAACUGCGCUUUAUUGAGUACAGUAUUUCAUCGCGAAAAUGACAUCUCGUGCACUUUACAGUACACGUUCGCAACUGUGCAGACAUCUGGCACAUAAAUAUCUGAGUAGGUCCUACAGCACACGACCAUCUCUAAAUGAAGUCGUCAUCGUCAGUGCUGUCAGGACUCCUAUAGGGUCAUUUAAAGGAAGCCUGUCCACAUUACCAGCCACUAAACUGGGCUCCAUUGCCAUUAAAGGGGCUAUUGAUAAAGCAGGAAUCCCUGUUGAGGAGGUGAAGGAGGUUUACAUGGGCAAUGUGUUGCAAGCAGGAGAAGGACAAGCACCAACCAGACAAGCUCUUCUGGGUGCAGGUCUUCCUCUGUCCACGCCGGCAACCACCAUUAAUAAAGUGUGUGCCUCUGGGAUGAAGUCCAUCAUGCUGGCCUCUCAGAGUCUCAUGUGUGGCCAUCAGGAUGUGAUGGUUGCUGGUGGGAUGGAGAGCAUGUCUCAGGUUCCUUACAUCAUGGCCAGAGAAGCACCUCCUUAUGGCGGAGUGAAGAUGGAGGAUCUGAUUGUUAAGGACGGCUUGACGGACGUCUACAACAAAUUCCACAUGGGCAACUGUGCUGAGAACACGGCUAAGAACAGCAGCAUCUCCCGGGAGGAGCAGGACGCUUUUGCUAUCAAAUCCUACACCCUCAGCAAAGCAGCGUGGGAGUCCGGCAUCCUGGCCAAAGAGGUGGUUCCUGUGAGCAUCCCGCAGAGAGGAAAACCAGAUGUUGUUGUGAAGGAGGAUGAAGAAUAUAGAAAGGUCGACUUCAGCAAAGUCCCCAAACUCAAGGCUGUCUUCCUGAAAGAAAACGGCACCGUGACGGCAGCUAAUGCUAGCACACUGAAUGAUGGCGCAGCGGCUCUCGUGCUCAUGACAGCAGAUGCAGCGCAGAGACUCAACGUCACACCACUCGCAAAGAUCGUUGCUUUUGCUGAUGCUGCCGUCGCCCCGAUCGACUUCCCAAUCGCUCCAGCCUUCGCUGUGCCCAAGGUCCUAAAGGCGGCCGGCAUUAAGAAAGAAGACAUCGCAAUGUGGGAGAUCAAUGAAGCCUUCAGUGUUGUGGUUCUGGCCAACAUCAAGAUGCUGGACAUCGACCCGGACAGAGUCAAUAUCAACGGAGGAGCCGUUUCCCUCGGACAUCCAAUUGGAAUGUCAGGGGCGAGAAUCGUAGGACACAUGGUGCACAAUCUGAAAUCGGGACAGUACGGGCUGGCGGGAAUCUGCAAUGGAGGGGGCGGGGCUUCCUCAAUUGUGAUCCAGAAAUUUUAGAUUGCUCUUAAAGGGAUAGUACACGCAAAAAUGAUGAUUUUUUUUUUCAGUAUGCAUCCACCCUCAAGGGGUUUCAAACCUGUUAUACACAAAAAGAUGUUUCGAAGAAUGCUGAAAACCUGUAACCAUUGACUUCAAUAGUAGGAGAAACAACUAUUAUUGAAGUCAAUGGUUUUUGACAUUCUUUAAAAUAUCUUAUUUUCUUUUUAACAAAAGAAAGAAACUCACAAAGGGUGAGUGAAUGAUGACAAAAUUGUAAUUUUUGGGUGAACUAUCCCUUUGACAUAAAAUCUGUAGGUUUUAGACUUUGGGAUGGAUAUUCAUCAUGCCGACUCGGUCCAAAAAGUGAGCACUUCUCUUUCUCUUUGUCUAUAGAAAAGGUAACUCAUGUUUUUCACUUAAAAAAAUAAGCAAACCUUAUCAUUUCCAUACUGUAUGUUCAAUAUCUCAGAUGGUAGUAUUUAUUGGGUGCACUUGUUGCAUCUAGUGCUCAUUGUAAAUGAGUAUUUAAUGUUGUUCUCAAAGUAAUGUUUUAAUGACAGGGAUAUAUCUGUUACUGCAAUAAAAGAGACUGUUGAUUGUU